AUGGAAACCUCAAAAUACCAGCUCGUAGACUCCCUCUACGGCCCCGGCACCGUCGGCGCCUGGCUCCUAACCCUCAGCGCCGUCCUCAUCAGCUGGACCCUCAACAAAUCCACUCGCCGCAAAGACACCAUCUCCAUUGACCUCAUCGGCGCCGUCUUGCUCCCUAUGAUAUCUGCGGGCCAUCUUGUCUUCCAGGUAUAUAAUCUUCCGUACUCGAUUACGGAAACGAUAACUUCCUCGGAUGUGGAGGUCCAGAAAUACGCCUCUGCCUUGGAGGCACCGCUUAAUAUAUGUGAGACUUUCUCGAUGGUAUCUCUGCUCGCGGCUGCGUGUUGUGGCCCGUGGUGGGGAUGUGUUCCGAAGUUGAGACGUCUCGGGGUAGUGUUGCUGGCCGGGUCGUUGAGCUGGGGGGCGGAGAAUGUUAUGUUCGCUACGGCGACAUUGAAGGGUGUUAAGGCUGACGAUACGAAGCUGAGUAGACCUUACUUGUUCUUUAUUACGCCGAUUGUGGCAGCCAGUUGGGGGUUUCUGGUAAUUUGUUUAUUUGUGGGUGGAGCGUUCUGGCUUAUUGGAAAAUCGACUUUGGCGAAGGUUGUGGGAUCUGAUGUGGACUUGGAGGGCACGAAGCCGUUCUGGUCUUUGGGCUGUCACUCGACAGAUCACGGACCGGCUGGUGAUGAUGUCUCGAUGUCCAGAUUUGAAAUGGCCAAGCUCUCGGGGGGAAGUCCCAAAGCUUGGAGGCAAGCAAAUCGUGUUAUGAUGGCCGUAUCGCUGCUCAGUGUGCUAUUCUCUCCUGGUUCCUUCGUCACAUCCUUGAUUUCCAUAUCAAUGUCGACACUUGGAGCAAAGGAAGCUUCAGCGGAAGGAACUCAUAGACUUCUUAUGUUCAUACCAGCUUCCAAUGGGUCUAUGAACAAUCUUGAUCAGAUCUUGGCGUUUGUUGGAGGUGUUCUCGUUCUGCUUUGGUCGAUCCGGGCUGUGUACACUUCGCGGGAGAAUAGCACGGAGAAUGUGCGAAGAAGGCUGCUGAGGAGGCGGUCGAUUUAA